UAAACAGAGUAUCAAAAUGUCGUUGAACGGCAUGGACGAGAGUCACAUGUCCGAUAUGGGGGCAACAAGAGCUAACAAGUUUAAUGGAGUGCCGUGUGACGCAAGCCAGGAAACCUCUGUUCGCUGUGUUCCUCUCCGUGAACGCUACUACAAGUGCGCAUUGAACACGCACCUUGAUAAAGUACGGGACAGUUGUCAGUUCUGGUGGGAUGAUUAUAAGGAGUGUAUAUUCCAGAAGAAGAUCCAAAAGAAGAUGGAAGCCGUUGAAGAACUGAAAGAGGCUCGUUUAAAAGAGGUCGGUUUCAAACGACCGUUUUGGGGCGGGCACACUGCGCCCGUCUUUAUCACAACAUACACUAAAGCCUGGGAAGUAGGCCGACCUGUUCCCGCUGAGCACGAAAUUGGAGAAAAAGUCGAUCUUAGUUUGUAGUUUACCAGUUUAAACUUAAUAAUGAAGACAAUAUUAUAUGAGUGAAGAGAUUGAUCAAUCUUGUUUGGAAAGUUGGAAUAAUUUAUUAAAGGCUCUGCUAUUCUGUUGGCCUGAAUUGUCAUAACGGGUUUUUGGUAAGAACUUAGAAUCAAUACAGACACUUAAUUGGAAUAUAUAAAGAUUGCAUUUGUAUUAUGAUCGUAUCAAAGAUUUUGUAAAGUAAAUUUGAAACGAGAUGCAUACUCACUUGUUAGGUGCAUUUAAUA